AUGCCUGCACCCUGCCAGAGCAAUGACCUACCAUGCUUAUCUUAUCUGGCAUGGGUGCAGGCUGGGACAAAAAAACAUGACCUUGAACAUUAUCACAACUGUGAAUGUACACUUCUUUUCCAAGUGAAGUGUAAAGCAUGUUUGGGGAUGAAAAGGAACAUGAUGAUACCUGCUUCUUCUGGAUCCAAAGUUAGACUAUAG